AUGAGAGAGUCAGGACUGGCUCUCCGUGUGCUGCCGAAGGCUGAGUUGUCAGCACUGGAAUCGGAAGCGCUUGACCAGCGAGGAGUGGGACCUGAAUUAUACUACAGUCCAAGCGGCAACCCUAAUGUAAAUCCUCAUGCUCCUCAAGGCCUGGCCAAGUCGGGUGACACCGACCAGAAGCAACCUGACGGGUCACGGAAGGCCCGUAAUAAGAAGAAGCACAAGGUCGUUGAUGGCAAAUUCUCUCAGGGUAGCGCCAAACCUACCAAGGUUGACGUCAAGAACAACAAGCGUGAUCCUAAGAAGGUCUUAGCGUUCAAGGAGGGCCGCUGUUUUGACUGCAACGAGAAAGGUCAUCGAGCUUCGGAAUGUCUGAAGAGAGUGGUGGAGAGCAGUGUCGCUAUUGAGAAAGAUGGAAGCCCACAGCAAGACCAGUGUGGUGAUCCGCAGUGUACAUCCCACUUCGUAUCUACGGCGGUCGCGGUUUCAUAUGCCGUGCCGGCGAGUUCAGGGGACGGACAUAACAGCAUCGCCGGGAAGGUGGCCUCUUUGGGACUAAUCAGUGUUAAGCAAAAUGCAGGCGAUCAGCUACCGCCUCUACCUGUCGCCAACAUUGAGUGCAAGAAACGGCAUCCCACUAUACGUCACCGAGGGUAUCCAUUAGCUCCAGAAAAGCGUAGGAUCGCGGAGGAGACUCUCCGUGACUAUGAGAAGAAGGGCUACAUCGAGUUCAUCGACAAAGACGGUCCACCUGAUCAGUGGAUCUCCCCAUGCUUUCUGAAGCGCAAGAAAAGCGACGCGUGGAGGUUGUUGACGGACCUUAGAUCUGUCAACAAACGUCUACCGAUUCCUCGUUGGGCUACCUCCUUUGCUUCGUUGGAUGUGAAGGAUGCCUUCUACACGGUACGAGUAUCUCACCAGUCUUCUGAGCUUCUAGGUGCUACCGUGGGAUACCAUACCUUCCGGUGGAAGGUUCUUGCGCAAGGCCUGUGCACGGCUCCAUAUUGGUGGAGUCGUCAAAUACACUGGAUCCUAUCUGGUAUAUCUGAGCUCGAUAAGUUCAAGGGACGAGUUGUCGUUCUGACCUUUGUCGACGAUAUAUUGAUAUGCGGUGAUGCUGUAGAAACUACGAGAGCUGUUCUCGAGAUUAUCUGUAAGCGUCUGGCGGACUACCACAUUCCCAUCAGCCCUGAGAAAACUCAACCUCCUACCGACAUCAUCGGCUUUCUCGGAAUGAGACUGUCAUCCAAUGGGUGGCAACCGGAGCCAGCGGCUGUGGCGGCUCUGGAGUCACUCCCCAGAACUCUCAAUAAGCAGCAGCUACAGUCAGUGUUGGGGACUAUCAACUACCUAAGAGCGGCUUAUGGUCAAGGUGAGUUACAAGUGAAUCUUGCUCCCUUACAAGAUAUUCUCGGGAAGAAUAAGCCCUAUAAAUGGACCGACCUGCAUGAUGCUGCCCUUGAUUGGCUGAGAUCGGCCUUGCGGCAGCAUGUCUUCGACUUUCAACCGAUCGACUCUGAGCUCGAGGAGGGCGAAGGCUUUGUGUUGCAGACAGAUGCCAGCGACUGUGGGAUAUCCUAUGUAUUGUGGAGAGUACGUUUCGGUGAGUGCCCAGGCGCACUCUCGGAAAUGGGUGAUCUAAACUCUGAGUACUCUGGUCCGACGCCGGACAUUCUGGCUGAACAUGGUGCUGUGCUUAUGGUCGGCAGCCGUCGUCUCCGUGGGCAUGAAAAACGUUAUGCAACUUUUGACUGUGAAGGUCUCGCCCUGGUAGAGGGUCUCCGCAGAGCGAGGUUGCUGCUGCUAAUCGCUACCAAAAGCGGGAGACGAGCGCCUGUUGUUGUUCAAUCCGACAGUGCAGUUGCCAUUCACAAAGUUCAGGCUGUUCCUGACUACUCCGAGUUCACCCGUAAUCAAGUCCGGUAUAAACGCUGGUGUCGAUGGGUCGAGAGCGUUGUUGAUGUGCUCCCAUUCGUCAGAAUAUUUCACUGUCGUGGCUCUCAGAACUGCCUAUCGGAUAUGUUUUCGAGAGUUCUCGCCGAGGCUGAUACUGACACUAUGGGGGUGUACAGUACAACAGCUGUAUUGGUGUGUGAUAACUUCGACAAUAGCUCACUCUGCUCUGAGGAAGACGACGAGGCUCUCAUGAACGACAGCCUUCCAACUGACGAUGGCGUGGCCGUGCUCCCUGUUGCGGGCCAAAGACUUGAGGAAGAUGUACCUCCUGAGCUUAUCGGUCUCGUUAAUUCUAAUGGAGUACGGAGAGUUGAUCUGGACUGA